CCCAUCCCUCUCUCUCUCUCUCUUUCUCUCUCUCUGGUUUUACUUGGAUCAUCUCAGACGAAGACAAAGGGAGUCGAGGGUGUUUUCUUAGAAUGGCAGGCAGAGAAAUUCUCCAUAAGAUGAAGGCUGGGAUCUGCGGAGCAGCUCCUGACAUGGGAAGAGGCAAAAGCAAGAUGUGGAAGAACAUCACUCACGGGUUCCACUUUAUCAAGGGCAAAUCAAACCAUCCCAUGGAGGACUACGUAGUCUCCGAAUUCAAGAAAGUCGACGGCCACGAACUCGGUUUGUUCGCCAUCUUUGAUGGUCACUUGGGUCAUGAUGUUGCCAAGUACUUGCAGACCAAUCUCUUUGACAACAUUCUUCAAGAGAAGGAGUUUUGGACUGAUACGGAGAACGCUAUAAGAAACGCUUACAGAUCAACAGACGCAGUGAUACUUCAGCAGUCUCUCAAGCUUGGUAAAGGCGGAUCGACGGCUGUAACGGGGAUCUUAAUCGAUGGUCAGAAGCUAGUGGUUGCUAACGUUGGAGACUCGAGGGCGGUGAUGUCUAAGAAUGGCGUUGCGCAUCAGCUCUCGGUUGAUCACGAGCCAAGCAAGGAGAGGAAAGAUAUAGAGAAGCGAGGUGGCUUUGUAUCAAACAUUCCAGGGGAUGUUCCACGUGUAGAUGGACAGUUAGCGGUUGCUAGAGCGUUUGGAGAUAAGAGCUUGAAGAUACAUUUGAGCUCAGAGCCGGAUAUUACGCACCAGGCAAUUGAUGAGCAGACUGAGUUCAUAGUUUUCGCGAGUGAUGGUAUAUGGAAGGCAAGUUUAGUGACUUUGGUAUCUUGUGUGUUUGAUGUAGUGCGCAAGCAGCAGCAAAGCACUUGA